AUGUGCAAAUCCAUAACAAUAAUCCUUUCAGUGUUGAUGGUCUGCGCUAAUGGUCGAUAUUUAAUACAAGAAGAUUACAGAAGCCCAUAUAUAUUUAUUGAAGAUGGUCGCAACAUCAGAGCCUACGAUUUACAAGAAGAUUUGUCGCAAGAUCCGCAGGAGUACAAUCUUUCGCGCGUUCGUCGUCAAGCCCAUGGAGUUUUAAGUUCGAACCCCGAUGGGACAUCAAAUUUUAUGGCGAAGGUUCCACUAACUGUUGAUGAUAAAAACAUGUUAAGUGCAGUUGGUACUGUAAGUGGAGCGUCUGGUAAAGGGGACUUUAAGGCGGCUGGUGGCGGUCUGGCUUGGGAUAAUGUCAACGGUCAUGGCGCAAGUUUAACUGGACAGCAUAUACCUGACUUUGGAGAUCAAUUGACUGCGGCCGCAAAAUUAAAUCUGCUUCACAACGAUAAGCAUGAUGUCACUGCUCAAGCUUUUGCAACGAGAAGCUUUCCCAGCAAUCCCAACAUUCCCAACUUUGACACAUACGGUGGCAAAGUUGGCUACACAUACGAUAACAAAUUGGGAGCGUCUCUUGGUAUGCAACAAACGGAUCUUUUCAAGAAGACUGACUACUCAGCGAUGGGCAAUUACAACCUGUUCAAAGGGCGUGACUCUUCCCUUGACUUUAAUGCUGGUAUGAGCAACCCAUUUAUGGACAAAGUACUGAAGUUGUCCCGAAAACGGUACCUCGUCUAUGUCCGGCGAGACAUCGUCUGCUUGAUUGACGGCGGGCGGCGUGAAGUGCUGGCUGCCUGCUGCGGUGCGUCCCGCGGGCGCGGCGUUGACCGCUGCCCUCGCCUUGUGUUGUAA